CACAGUGAGCGAGCGCGCGGAGCCAUGUGGACGUGUGCGGUAGUGCUAGCGUUGUGCGCGAGCGCAGGCGCGAUCACGCGCGACCAGUUCUACCCGAACGGAGCAGGGUUGGAUCAGCGGCUGCCGAGAGGAGCCGAAGUAGCCUCGCCCGAGCUGCGCUUGAGGGUGCCUAUCGUGUUCUACGGGGAGACAUACGAGACUGUCUUCGUAAACAACUAUGGAGUCUUGUCCUUCAGAGCAGACAUACCAUCGUUCCUGAACUCAGAGUUCCCUCUGCCGUACCCCUCCAUAGCGGCAUUUUAUAGCAACAUCGAUACUACAGAAUCGGGCACUAUAUACUACAGAGAAACUGACGAGCCCCAUGUCUUGUCAAAGGCAGAAGAAAGCGUGCAAAACAAUUUCCAUGAAUACUACGACUUCGUACCAACCAGCGUAUUUAUAGCUACAUGGCUCGAAGUAUCAUACACUGAACGUCCUGACCGCAAGAAUAGUUUCCAAAUCGCCGUAAUCAGCAACGGAAACGAGAGUUUUGUAGAGCUCCUGUACCCGGAGAGAGAGAUACAAUGGAUCCAAAGAGAAGCCCAGCAGAACAGUUUGCCAGACGCAAAAGCUCAAGCAGGAUUUGUAGCGGAAGAUGGCCGCGUCUUCACCCUGCGUGGCUCGGGAAGUCACCAGAUACGCAAUAUUGUCUCAUGGUCUAACACCCACGAACCUGGCAAGUAUGUGUUCAGAGUUGGAAACAUCCCAUCUGACGGCAACAUCGCCGACCCUGACCAGUACGAUCAAAACGAGGUGGAAGUAGAAGAAGAAUCCAAAACCUGUGCCCAGAGCGGUCCUAGCGUCUGCCACAUACAAGCAAGAUGCGUCGAUUACCAAGCCGGCAUUUGCUGCCAGUGCAAUGAAGGUUUCUAUGGCAACGGCAAAUCCUGCAUCAAAGACGACGUCCCUAUAAGAGUACACGGAAAACUCAACGGCAUCAUCAAUGAUGUGUCACUUAACGAUGUCGAUAUACAAGCAUACGUAGUAGUCGCUGACGGUCGAUCAUACACUGCCCUGUCGCAAGGCCCGCCAUCUCUGGGCAGCAGUCUACAGCUUCUCAAUGUUCUGGGUGGUGUUGUUGGCUGGCUCUUCGCUAAACCUUCCGGAACGGCACAGAAUGGCUAUCAAUUAACCGGAGCCCUAUUUAAUCACACUGCAGACAUUUUGUUCCCUGCUACCGGUGACAGAGUAGUAAUCAACCAAGAAUACUUAGGACACGAUGUAUUCGAUCAAAUUGCCUUAGAAACAGACGUUAGAGGAACUGUCCCGGUAAUUUUAAGUGGAAGCAAAUUGGAAAUCUCAGAGUAUGAAGAACAAUAUACGACUGUAGAACCCGGUUUGGUACGUUCUGAAGCAAAUCGUGUUUUCACAAACAAAAUUACAGGUGAAAGAUACGAACAAAAGAUCUCACAAACGUUUACUUUUAACCCUUGUCGCUUCGCGCCGCCAUCAAAGGAAGACUCUAUACCAUCAACAUUAAAAGUGGUUAAAAACUAUCUUGGUUAUGAAACAAAUCAAAAUAUUAUUAGGUAUGGAAUGAGCAAUAAGAUCAUCCCAUUUGGUCAAGAAGAUCCGUGUAUAAAAGGAAGAAAUUCAUGUGGGCCACAUAGCACUUGUGUGGUUCAGGGCGACUCCUUCACAUGUGUUUGUCAAACCGGUUUUACGAGCAUUUACAUAGAAGAUGCAGCUUCGUGUGUAGAUAUAGACGAAUGUGCCGCUGGCACGAACAACUGUGACAGUAACGCCGAUUGUUACAACCACGACGGUGGAUUCCAAUGCAGAUGUAAAUCUGGGUACGAGGGAAAUGGCGUGAACUGCAAUCGUAUAUCUCUAUGUCGCGACAAAAACUGUGACCCCAACGCCCAGUGUGUGGAGAAUUUCGGAGAAGCACCUUUAUGUGUCUGCAACCCAGGAUUUAGAGGUGACGGGCAAACUUGCUGGCCGGAGCAACAGCAACAGAACCCUUGCGAGCGUUGCUCUCCAUACGCAUACUGUGCUUUCGACUCGAAUAACAAUGGUCUCAAAUGCCAGUGCAAUGAAGGGUAUCACGGUGAUGGAUUAUAUUGCACAGAAAUAGUCACUGUUCAGACAACCACGUCAUCGUCGUCCCAACCUACAUAUCCAUAUCCAAGUCCGACCCCUACCCAGCCCAGUACGAGCGAAGCAGACUAUAAUGAGACUAUCGUGCUGCCUAAUUGCGACAUCUACGGCUGCGUCUGUCCGCCCGGUUACUCCAGCUACAAAGACGACAGAAACAACGACUUGUGCCGACUCGACUCUUACAGACCUCCCUAUCCACUCACUGAUACAAAUACUGAAUACAAUGAUACUUCACUAACAUGUGACAUUGAUACGGAUUGUCCACCAAAUGCAGUCUGCUACAAGCCAUUCGAAAUUGGCCAGUGUAUAUGUCCCGAGGGUUACGAAGGCGACGCGUACGAGUGCAUAGAGCGCACUGGAUCUUGUGCGUGCGGUGUCAAUGGUCACUGUAUCGACAACGCGGCUGGCGAACCUAUGUGCGUAUGCGACGUUGGUUACCAUGGUGACGGCUACUCCUGUCGUCCUAACUUCAGCUGCACCAACAACUCUGAUUGCGAAUACCACGCCGAGUGCCGACCAGACCUCGGUAGUGGCGAAUACGUCUGUCAGUGUAUCGAAGGCUACAUCAAAGACCAGAACGACGCGUGCAUUCCAGGCGGUCAAUUAUGCAGCGGGGCAGUAUGCGUGGAACAUGCCUCUUGUUUGUACGAUGACAAAAUUGGUGUGAGCUACUGCCACUGCGACCCUGGAUACGAAGGCGAAGGUAUCGCAAAAUGCGUACCACAAGGCACUACCUGUAAAGUCACUAACGACUGCCAUCCAAAAGCCGUAUGCACGCUGUAUGACAACACAUAUCAAUGCAUUUGUAAUGACGGAUACAUCGGUGACGGCUAUCACUGCACCCCCGAAGCCAACUGCCGUAAUAACCCGUACAUGUGUGAUAUUCACGCGUCAUGCCUAAAACGCAGUGACGUAUACGUUUGCGAAUGUAACACUGGUUACAACGGCAAUGGAAGCGUUUGCGUUCUGAACCCGCGACAAAGUGGCAAUUUCUUGAUAGCUAGUGACGGAGCAUCUGUCUAUAGAGUGCCAUUUAGAGUCAGUCCGAGAGACUUUGCAACGCCAAUCAACAGUGCUAUCUACCAAAUCGCCGUGGGAAUCGACGUGGAUUGCGAGACUGGUAGAAUUUACUGGGGCGAUGUCGUUGGAAACGCUAUCAGACGAGCAGCGUAUGACGGAUCUGGAUUCGACUCUUUCUUAUCAAAUGAUGUGAAAUCGCCGGAAGGUGUCUCCAUCGACUGGUCAGCGCGAAACAUUUUCUGGACCGACUCGAAGAAACUGACUAUAGAAGUCGCUAAUCUAGACACUAAACUUAGGAAAGUGCUGUUCAGCAGGGAUGGAAUUACAAACCCCAGAGGCAUUGUUGUGCAUCCGCAAAGAGGGAAAGUCUUCUGGUCCGAUUGGAACCGCGCCGCUCCAAAGAUCGAAUGGGCGAACAUGGACGGCACACAGCGAGGCAUCUUCCUCGACCAAUCAGACGUCAAGCUGCCGAACUCCCUGGCCAUUGAUUGGUCGCGAGACCGUCUGUGCUACGCUGAUGCAGGGCUCUUCAGCAUCAGAUGCGUUGGUAUCGAUAACCUACAAAGGGAGACGAUAGCUGACGGAUGCUCGUAUCCGUUUGGAUUGGCCAUCAAUGGCAACACUUUCUAUUGGACUGACUGGAAAACACUAAAAAUCGAGUAUGUAGACACGUUAACGCAACUAAAGGGGCAGGUACCUAUAUCGACGGCGUCGAGACGUCUUUACGGAGUAGCAGUCGCCCCGGACCAGUGCCCGGGUUCUAUCAACGUGUGCCAAUACCGGAACGGAAACUGUGAGGCCGAUCAACUGUGUCUACCGGACGGACGCGGGGGAAGGACCUGUGUGGUCGGAGAGAGGGACUACUAGUAUAAGUUAGACGUAGACUAGCCUUGCAAAUAUACGUAUGAAGUGGCCCUUUUACACACAGCGGAGUCUACACUGCAUGGUUAGUGCAACCUGUGCGCGUGGAUUUUUCCACGCGUUUUGUCCUAUAGACGAAGCGGAUGCUGUCUACGGCGAUAUGCUUCAUUCUACGUGCUAACCUAACCGUGUAGUGCAGACCUCGCUGGACCCACUUAGACGCCACAUAACUCAUUCAUCGUCCUUUAUUAAACAGUAUAAUUAUGAAACGUAAAAAAUAAAUAGCAAAGUGACCAAAGUUAACUUGAUUAAUCUGAGUUAAUAUAAUUAGCAAGUAUAAUUUGUUUUUGCAUUUAGCCACGUUUUGGUGGUCAUUGUAGAAUAAUUAACUACCUAAUCUUAUAAUCGACAGACAAAAUUAACUUACAAUAGGUUGCAACUUUUUAAAUAUUUAUAAAAUGGAGAUUUUGUUCCAUUAAUACGAUUGUAGUACUAUUUUUAUGAAUAGUGGAAUUUUUAUGCCAAAGAAAUAUUUAAAAUAAGUUGUUUGCAGUGUUUGAAAUAUUAAAAAUAAGUUUAGUGGUGUACUUUUAUUGUCUGUCGAAUAAGAAAAUAGAACAUAACUAAUAUGUUGUUCAUUUGAAAAGAAAACAGUUGAUAAGUUACCAUUUUUAUUGUUCAAAAUAAAUUCACAACAAUGCAAAUUCUUUAUCAAUAAGUAGUUUUAGGUAUAUGAGCGUUUCGUGAACAAAUAAAUAUUCUGUAAAAUUGUAUACUUCAUUUUACAGGCACACGAGUAAUUUAAAGCCGAAUCUGUUACCAACGAAACUAACAAAACUAUUUUUGACUGUAAACAAGUAAAAUACACCAAAAUUUUCGUGGUAAACGAAACAAUAACUCGUAUAAAACUUUACUGUACUUCAAUGAUAUAAUUUAUUAAACAAUAAAGUUAUUUAUUAACAAAA